AUGACACUUGCUACCAGCGCUGCGCUUCCUGCUGACUUCUGCGCCAAGGAACCCCCCCCCCCCCCCAUGUACAUCACUCUCUACUACAUAGUCACUCGCCUCCCUACUCCCUUCGCGGGUGUUCCCCCUCCCCCCCUUCUGCCCUCCGUUGCCUCUACUGCUGGCGGGCCGACCUCGUUGGGCACUGGAGGAGCGAGCGGGGCGGUGGAGGUGGAGGUGGAGGCGGCGGGGGGGAGUGGGGGUGGCGGUGGGAGUGGAGGUGGGGGGUGGAGGUGUCGGCGGCGGCAGUGGGAGGCGGAGGCGGUGGCGGCGGUGGCGGUGGGAGCGGAGGUGGCGGAGGUGGUGGCGGAGGAGGAGGCGGCGGAGGCGGCGGUAGUAGCGGAGGCGGCGGAGGCGGCGGAGGCAGCAGGGGUGGCGGUGGAGAUGGCCGCGGGUCACGCAGAGGAGUGGCUCCGGUGGUGGGUCCGCGCCAGCAGCAGCCGCGCGGAUCGUGAGACCCUGUCCCCUCAGCAGCUCCGUGAGUGGUACACUGCACGCCAGCGGGGUGGGGGUUUUGGUCUGUGCACCUACGUCCUCCGCACCGGCGACCGCGCGGGUGAGCAGUGUGGGGGUGCGCACCCCACCCAGCGCUGCUUUGGCCGCCUGACGGACGCGUGGCGUCACCAGUUCCCGGAGGCCACAGAGAUCCCUCGCUGGGGCGAGCUGUCUAGGGCGGGAUCGGACCGGUUGCGGUGUCUCUCGCUGACCCACUCUGGGGGUCCUGUUCUGUCUCACUUCUCCACUGUCCUCCCGUGUCCGGCGGCUCCCUCUGGCACCCUGUCUGGUCUCUACCUCCCCUCGUUCUCUACGAACCUGGUGAGUGGUGCUGACCUACAGGAUGGGGGAGUACACCAGUUCACUCCUGCGCGUCAGCGGGUGACGCACUGCACAGAGGCUAGCACAGGCCGACACCUGGCUACGUUUACCCGUCAGCCGGGGUCGAGCCUGUACACACUGACCACUUGCGUCUCCUCCGUUGCUGAGUCUGGUAGGGUAGCUGCGUCGGGUCAGGUGUUUGGUGUAGCGUCCAGGUCUGGUCUUGAGUCUGCCCCCUGUUCGAGUCGUCUCCUGUCUCACGAGACUCUCCUCUGGCACCACCGCCUUGGUCACCCCUCUCUGCUUCGGCUCAGAGGCAUGGCCUCCCGUCUUCUUGUUUCUGGUCCCCCCCGGUCCCUCCCUCCCCUUCCUCAGGGCCCUGGCCCUACCUGUGUCCCCUGUGUCGAGGGGCGCCAGCGGGCGCCCCUCACUCCUCCCAGUUUCCUCCAACAGAGGCCCCGUUGCAGACCGCUUCACAUGGACGUGUGGGGCCCGGCCCACGUCCGUGGACAGGGUCACGAGCGCUACUUCCUGCUCGUUGUUGACGACUACUCGCGUUACACCGCAGUCUUCCCCUUGCGCAGCAAGGGUGAUGUCACUGAGACCUUCACGCUUCCGGACUCCCCGCAGCAAAAUGGGAUUGCUGAGCGCCGCAUUGGCAUGGUCAUGGACGUCGCUCGUACGUCUAUGAUGCAUGCGGCUGCUCCCCAUUUUCUGUGGCCGUUUGCGGUUUCAGUUGGCAAUGCGUCUGCGUUCCGGGUCUGGGGAUCCCGGCGUUUGUCCGCGACUUGUCUGGCGGACAAGCUGUCUCCCUUCGUGCUGCUCCUCUCGUCUUCUUGGGGUUUCCCCCCUGACGCGCCUGGGUGGCAGUUCUCUACCACCCACCUCUCGCCGUGGUUCUGUCCUCCCAGGACGUCACGUUUGACGAGUCGGUCCCUUACUACCAGCCUCUUCCCCCCCCACGCCGCUCUUCUUGUACCAGGUCCCCCUCCGGUAGACCCCUUCCCCCCUCAAGGUCCGUCCCUUCAGGUGGUGUCCCAGGUAGACGCAGUCGAGCCUAUCGAGGUCACAGGUGACUCUGGUGCUGCUGAGGGUGCUGAGCCAGGGGGUGCUGACACUGGGGGUACUGAGCCUGGGGGUGCUAAGCCUGGGGGGUGCUCCGCCUGGAGGUUCUCCGGGUGCUACGUCUCUGCGGGAGCCACUCCUCUUCCACGGGAGCUGCGCGAGUGGUUUGCCCGGUGCUGGAGGGCGUUGCUGCUGGUGCUGGAGGUUCUUCGGUUACUGAGGGUGCUAACUGUCGCGGGUCCCGGAGGUGCUCGUACUGGGAGUACUGGAGCUGCUAGGCCUGCGGGUUCGACUGGAGCUGGUGCUGCUGAGGGUGUUGGAGCUGAGGCUACUGCUGGCGGUCCUUACUGGCGGGUACUCCUGGUACUGCUGGAGGUUGUGGCGCUGCUGGAGGUGCAGCUGGAGCAGGUGCUCCUUCUGGGGUAUUGGUGCUUGGUCGUGAUCCUGCGUCUCGCCCUGCGUCGCCUGUCCGUGCUGCUCGUGCUAGUGGUCAUGGUUUGCGUCAGCAUCCUCCUCCUGUCCCUGGCACGCACAGGAUGUCCUCUGCGUCCGUCCACUGCUCCUCUGCGUGCCCCUUUGCCUUCUCCUCCUGAGUCCUCUCUUCCUACUUUUGCCGACCCGGAGUCGGACUCUCUUCGUGCUGCCAGUCCUACUGUCACGCGUCUCCUGGCUACUGUCGUCACUGACCCUUCUUUCGAGUCCACUGCUGCGUCUGCCCUAGUUGCUGAGCUCGUCGACUUUGCUGCUCGCUAA